GUCAGCGAGUACACGCUGUAAAUAUCACCGAGAGUGCAAGGCAUCCAAAACCGCUCCUGGAUACAGGGUCACCACGGAAAAUAGCGGCCAAACAUGGUCGAGGGUACUCUCGAAGAUGGCCCGCUCAUCCGACCCGUGGAGUCCGUGUCCACGGCGGCUCUGGUCGGGGUGUCCAUCGGGUUGGCCUUCCUGGUGUGCGUGGCAGCGAUGACUUGGUGGCUAUGCCGUCGACGAAGAGAGCACACCAAGCUGAAUUCGGACAAGUCCUUGGCAUUUAGACCACCCCAUCGGAAACCAACGGCAGUGAAAUGUCCUGGAAGCACGAGUCACUAUUUGAAAAAGAGUCCCAGUCCGACCGGACCGGGGAAGAGUCCCCCGGGAUCGGGGGGGCAGACUCCGAGUCCCACGGGCUCGCAGCCUUCGCAGCCUUCGCAACAGUCGAAUAAUCCACCCUCGCAGCCGCGAACGCCUCAAGGAUCCGGCACCCCCGCGCAAACCCCACCCGGAGAGAUCACCCUGAGCAUCGAGAACGAACGCGACAAGGCCGAGAUCGAGAACAGCGAGAAGGUCGACAAAGGCACCUCCGGGGACCCGGGCAAGGACGAGCUGGGCCAGCUGGUCUUCAAGCUGCGAUACAGGGCCGACCAGAACGCCUUGGUGGUCACCGUCGUCAAGUGCAAGGGACUCCCCGCGAGGGGCCAACAGAACGCCACGAGCGAUCCCUACGUCAAGCUUCAGCUUCUGCCCGACAAACAGCACUGGGUCAAGACCAGGGUCCUGCGGAACACCAGGGACCCGGUGUACGACGAGGACUUCACCUUCUUCGGGAUCUCCCAGACCCAGCUACAGAAAAUCAGUCUACACUUCGUGGUGCUGAGUUUCGACAGAUACUCGCGGGAUGACAUGAUCGGCGAGGUGGUGUGCGCCUUGUCCUCGGUGAACGGUUUGGAGGUGGCCGAUAAUCAGCAGAUAUCUCUUUGCCGAGAAAUUUGUCCGAGGAGCUUCAAGAUUCAAUCGCAGAGCAGGGGAGAACUGUUGGUAUCCCUUUGCUGGCAGCCUGCCGCGAGUCGACUGACGGUGGUGGUUCUGAAAGCACGGAAUCUACCUAAAAUGGAUGUGACGGGACUGGCGGAUCCUUACGUAAAGAUUUACCUGCUCUACUAUUCGCAACGCAUCGCUAAAAAGAAGACCCACGUGAAGAAGCGCACCCUCAGCCCGGUCUUCAACGAGUCUUUCGUCUUUGAGAUACCGAACGGAGCAGAGGAACUCGGCAACAUCAGUUUGGAGUUCAUCCUCCUGGACUGGGAUCGGGUUACGAAGAACGAGGUGAUCGGUCGGCUCGAGCUCGGAGGUUCGAAGAGCGAAGGUUCGGCGUUGAACCAUUGGAACGAAGUGUGCAGCUCGCCUCGUCGGCAGAUCGCUGAUUGGCACAAAUUAAGGGAGUAACCCGUCCUAGCUCUCGAGCCCUAUUUUCCAAGAUUCCUCCCAAAACCCGCCCUUUCUCGUCGAAAAAUCUUUCCCAACGACCCUCGACCUUCGUGACCCUAUAGAAGCGUAAUACAUAGAGUGUCAGUUUUGUAAAAUCAUUAACUCAAAUGCAUAUUAGGCUUGAAGCGAGUGGUGCAUCCAGGCUCGAGCAGAUCCACGAAGAGGGGAACGCACUUUCUGGGAGGAAGACGAAGAGGGAGUCCUUGGCGGACGUUUUCGGGGAGUAUUUUUACAAGGUCUGAAACUCGAGAAGAGAUGCACCAAUUACGACAAGAUCGAAGCGAAUAGGCAUAAGAAUCAGGUGGGAACAUCGCGAAGAAGAAGCGACGACAAAAGAACGUUCACAAAGAAGAGGCAAAAGACCAAGUUCUCGAGGAAAUCGAGCGAAGAAAUUUUUUUCGCCGACUCUGGAAUUCAAGAAGCGGUGCAAUUGGCUACGUUCGAUCGAAUUAUGAUCGAAGCGAAGAAAGCGCACCUUCUAAAUGGACGCGAUAAGGAAAAUCAAAUCUGUCUCGAAGCACCUCCCGGAGGCUCUGGAUCAUCCAGGGGGCCAUUGCCGAAUUGCAAAAUUUGAAAAUAGGCACAAUUGGUCCUGGAUCCUAACGAUCGAAGAAUCGAAGGCGGAUCGAAUCGUCGACGGAUUUAUUUGGACCUCGGGGGCGAUCACCUCCGAGGUUCGGUUUAGUAUUAGGAAAAACGCGAGCCGAAGCCGUUUUUCCCAGGUGGCAGGGUACCGACACCCUGCGAAAUAGCGUCGAGGAAACCCACUCUUUUCUGCAAGGCGGUCGGAUGAUUCAAAUGCGAAUUACCUCCCGUUAGCUCGUUGCUUGAAAGCAGUUGGUUUCGUUGUUAUACUUUCGUGCUUUUUGCGCGAUCGGCGAUGCGUUAAAAGGGGUAGUUUUCGCAAUGCUCGCGGAUGCGCAUCCAGUCGAUAUCCCAAAUGGAGAAAUUGCGGAAAGACAUACAGAGAGUAUACGUUAGGUCGGGAGAAUCGGCAGUUUGAGAACGUUCAAGCAUUUUCUGGGUGUUAAAUAAUUUUAGGGAGAACGAACAGGUGCACCAGGGAAUGACUACUACUUCACUUUUUUGGCACGUCAAAUUGUCAUUCACCGGUGGAUGGACGGAAUGAUUCACGCGUUAAAUUAAUUUAGCGGUGUAUAGGAACGAUUCGUUUAGUUUCUCGUCAGCGCUCGUUGUCGUAGGCUUCUGAGAAAUUCGAAAAUAGAGAUAGAAAGCUCCCGGAGAACUCAUUUGAACUAGACCUGCAUUUGCGAGCGUUCGGAAGAACCUGGAGAGGAAAACGGAAGAAAUCGUUUCUCGAAGCUUCCAUCUAGAUUUGCGUUGUUGAAGUUUCGAGGAAGCACGACGGCAAAGGCAGGACUAAUUACCAGUUUUCUAGGGAAGGGUCUCGCGAAACUCGGAAGAGUAUCCGGUCGAUCGCGAUUGAGGAUACGAGCUGAUUAAGCCCUAUCUCAUGAUUGUAUAUAUGUAAUUGAUAUGUCGGGAAUAAUUACGAGGAGCUAUCUUUAUUUAUCUCUGACCUAAUCAUGGCUUGAAAACUAAAAAGGAACACCGAAGGUUACUAAUCUGCGAGGACGGCUCGAUUAACGUCUCGUUUCGUCGUAAUCGUAUCAUCGCGCGAUGCCCAGCCUUUUGGCAUAGUUUUUAACAAAAGUGAUGUUGCACGCCUCAGAUCCGCCUCAUUGUUCUACCUUCAAUGAUGCAUUUAAUUCGCCUGACUUCAAAUUAAUUUCCGUUUGCGGUGGAAUAAUUUAAAUUACUUUCACACGUUCAGUAUUAGACCUACGUAACUUAAAUAAGAAUUCGUAGCGGAGAAUCAUUGCUCUAAUUCAUGUGCUCAUCUGUGACUGUCACAAUUUUUUAAUACCGUCGUAUUCGUAAAUAAUCUCCCAACGCUUAGCAAUGGUACUGAAGAUGUUCGCGUUAAAUGACCGUUUUCCUUUAUUUUCUUUCAAUCAACUCGCUCUCGAUUUUACAAGCAAUUUCUUUUUCCGAAAAGGAAUAACUUAGGAAACUCGCAACAAGUCGCAUGCGAACCGCGGCAACGAAUGACAGUGAUAAUGGAUCGAUAUCGGAG